GCCCCGGAGCGCCACCCGGGCGGGGCGCGGCGGCCGGUGGGAGCGCGCGGCCGUUGCGGCGGCGCGGAGGGUAAGAUGUUCGCGAAGCUGAAGAAGAAGAUCGCGGAAGAGGCGGCCGUGGCUCCCAGGGCAGGGGGCGCCGCCAGGAUGCCCAGGUCCGUCAGCAAGGAGUCGAUAACGUCCGUGGGGGCGGACUCGGGAGACGACUUCGCUUCUGAUGGAAGCAGCUCUAGAGAGGAUCUUUCAUCCCAGUUGUUCAGAAGAAAUGAACAAAUAAGAAAGCUGGAGAUCAAGCUGUCUGAUUAUGCUGAUCAGAUCCGAAACUUGCAGAAGAUAAAAGAGAAGCUUGAGAAUGCAUUAGAAAAGCAUCAGGAUUCCUCCAUGAGGAAGUUUCAAGAGCAGAAUGAAGCUCACCAGGCCAACCGAGCCAAGAUGGCUGAGGGAAUGGCUUUGGCCUUAGAAAAAAAGGACCAGGAGUGGAUGGAAAAAUUGGGUCAAGUUGAAAAGGAAAAAAAAAUGCUUGAAAAGCAGUUACGAGAAAUGAGAGAGCAGAGUUUGAACCUUUUUCAAAAGAGAGAUGAAAUUGAUGAACUGGAAGGCUUUCAACAGCAGGAAAUGGCCAAAGUUAAACACAUGCUUUUGAAAAAGGAAGAAUCUCUGAGCAAAGCAGAGCAGGAACUAGAGGCACGCACUCAAGAGCUAGCCCACACUAAGGAAGUGCUUCAGGAGGCAAGCAGUGAGUCAUCAGGCCUACGAAAAGAUCUUCAGGAGUUGCAGCAGCAGUUCUUGGAGCUAGAAGCACAGAGAGAUGAACUAAGGACAGCUGAGACAAAUGCAGAAAAUAAGAUCACUGCUCUGGAGUUACGAGAACAGGAACUACAAACUGUCAUUCAGCAGCUUUCUGUAGACUUGCAAAAUGCUCAAGUUGCUGGUUCUGGUUGUGAGAAGAGACUGGAAAUGUUACAGGUGGAGCAUGAAUCUCUGAAGGUGGAAUAUGAACAACACAAGCUAAAGAUGACUUUUGAAUUUGCUGAGAGAAAUAAACUUACCGAACAGCUGCAGGAAAAAGUGUCCUCUUUGGAAAAGAAGCUAGAAAGAAACCUCUCAGGGGAUGAACAUGUGCAGGAACUGCUCAAGGAGAAAGCUGCUCUCGAGCUGAAACUGGAUGAAACCAGACAGCAGAUACUAACAGACAGAAUGCAUCACACUGAUACUGUGAACCAGUUGGAAACACAGAAUAGAGAACUGGAACAAAAACUGCAGAUCACAACAGAAACGUUGAAAAAGAUCAAAGAAGCGGCUGGUGAGCAAGAUCUGAAGAUCCAGAAGUUGCAAACAGAUCUGGAAAAUGAAAGAAAUAAACUGCAGCAGCAGAUAUCAAGUGAGAAACAUCAAUAUGACGAGAAAGUUACUGAGCUGGAGUCUCAAAUUGCUGCUCUUGAAACAGCUUGGGAAUUUGAUAAAACAUCUACUCGGCACAAGAUAAGCCAGUUGGAGAAGGAAAAUGAACAUCUUAAUGAAAGCAGAGAAAAGUACGAGAGUUCUUUAAAAAAUCAAGAGUCUGAACUAAACAGGCUAAAGAAGGAAUUAAGCAGCAGAGAGACUGUCAGCACUGAAAUUGCCAAAGCACUGGAAGAAACACGAAAACAGAGGGAGGAAUUACAACAGCAGGUUUCACAUCUGGCUUCCUUAAUAAAGGAAAAAGACCGACUUAUUGGUGAAAAAUCUGAUGUUUUUCUGAAACAGAAGGAAGAACUAAACCAACUCAGACAAGAUCAUGAAGCUGUCUUGCUGCAAAUGCACCAGCUGCAAUCUGAGAUAGAGGCAUGUAAUAGCCAAGCAGUGGAGAAAGAAGAAACGGCAAGAAAGGAAAUAGAUGAGUUGAAGUUGCAGGUACAGGAAUGCAUGUUGGCCAGAGAACAUGAGAAAAAUGUUUCAGAUCUAGAAGAAUCAGCAGGAGCCUUGAACGAUGAGCAUUUACAUCCUCCAGAAAACCGUGUGAUGGAACAGAAUGGAGAGAUAGCAGCUGCAGAUGUCAUUCAACUUCAGAAGGAUAACAGAGAGCUGGAACAGCAAAUUGCUGAGAAAAACAAGAUGAUAAAGCAGCUGCAGCAAAGAAUGACGGAACUGAAAAAAACCCUCCAAAAAGAACUGAAAAUAAGGCCUGACAGUGAGGUACCUGAAGUACGUGAAAAAACAAAUUCUGAAGUGCCUAAUACUUCUGUGACUGUCACAAACAAUUCUGAUUUAAAUGACUCAAGGGAGAUAAACUUUGAAUACCUUAAACACGUUGUACUAAAAUUCAUGUCCUGCCGGGAGUCUGAGGCAUUCCAUCUAAUUAAAGCUGUGUCUGUGUUACUGAAUUUUUCGCAAGAGGAAGAAAAUAUGCUUAAAGAAACUUUGGAGUACAAGAUGUCGUGGUUUGGGUCAAAGCCAUCUCCUAAAGGCAGUAUCCGGCCAUCUAUCUCGAGCCCAAGGACACUGUGGUCUUAAGGGAACCUGAAAAUGGGCGUUCAGCAUCUAGCCACUUUUUUUUCUGUGAAAAGAACACUGAACACACCACUUCAGGUGUGUCUUAAUCACUGUCAUUGCAGUAUUUUGUACAAGAACGUUGAAGCUGUUUACAAAAGUAAUACUGUGCAAGGAGAAAUUUUCACUACAAACUGAAACACCUCUGCUGGGUUGGAUUCGGGGACCAUUGUCUCGAUGGUCUUUCAAAGGAAGUCAGCUCCUUGUGCUCGUCGAUCUGGUUUUCUUGGCACCAAAGGGUAACGUUAACCUCACUAACACCGGUGCUGGCAGUUCAAGCUUCUAACACGUGCAUCUGUUAUGAGGGUGGCUCCGGCUUCUGUCAUGGAGUGCUAGAGUUGAGUAACUCUAGGCACAGUAAAGCUUCCUUGUCUCGCUGUGGAAAGCAAGCAAUGGAAGAAA